AUGCUGAGGGUCUGGUGGGGAGUUCAUGGAAUCAACCGUUUCGAACUGCUGCCGGACAACACGGCAGUUACUGCCGAGGUCUACUGCGCUCAACUAAAAAAAGAAAAAGACUGGCCUACAAGAUCCGCAAAGAGAACCCGAAGCUCGAUAACGUUCGCCUGCUGCACGGUAACGUGCGCCUUCACACCGUACCUGGAGCCCGGACCUGGCCUGGACCGGCUACCACCCCCUCCGAUCGCUUCAGCAUCACCUGAAAGCGAAGCGCUACGAUGA